AUGAGCCCAACUACGCCGGAUGCGGGCGACAUACUCCGCGAAGAUAACUACUUCGUGUGGGAGUUCAACGCAAGGAUGAGGCUGGCAAAGAAGGGAUUGCUAGAGCACCUAGACGCUAUGAAGGCCCCAGAAGAAGGAGACGCAAGCGCGUCAACUUGGAAAGUCAACGACAUGAAGGCCUUCGCGAUUGUGUCCACAAUGAUCAGCACAAAUCUUCAGUCAAUGGUGCGCACGGCAGAGACAACGGCAAAAGCAUGGGACAUACUGAAGACUUUCUUCCUGCGGCAAAGUAUGCACAAUCGUGUGCAGUUGCGGCGGCAACUACAUGAGUUCAAGUUGGCCAAGGGAGGAAGCAUCAUGGAUCACUUCCUGAGAUUUGACGAGCUGUGCAUGACUAUGCAAGCUGUGGGACAAGAGAUCUCACAGGAUGAGCAUUUGGUCAUCCUAUUGGGUAGUCUAACGAGAGACUAUGACCCUAUCGUCAAGAUAAUUGAGAACAUGCCCGGAAUGACACUGUUUCACGCUAAGGAAAUGCUGAGACGGGAGUACGAUGGAAUGGCGAGGACAGAACACCAAGAAAUCGCACUGAAAAGUACGCACACUUCCAAGUACAAGAAAGGUCCGCGCAGACAUAUGGGGAGAUCAAGUUCAAGAGGUGAAAAGUUUUCGGGAAGGUGUUACCGAUGUAACAAAUAUGGGCACAAGCGUCAAGAUUGCAAGGCUGAACAAGUGGAGACAGAGCGAUCUGGAGAAGAGAGAGCAUUUACUGCGUCAAGUCGGACGUCAGCUGGAUGGUUAUUGGACAGUGGGGCAAGCAGCCACAUGUGUCCCGACAGAAAUGAGUUUUCGAAUUUAAACUCACUGACGGACCCGAUCAUGAUCACCAUAGCAGACGGCAGCGAAGUGGAAGCGCAAGGUGUUGGGACAGUGCGCGUGCAACUCAAGACUGGUGAAGUGAUCAGGAUCGAAGAAACGCUAUGGGUGCCGGGCCUAGACCGAAGGCUACUGUCAAUAUCGGCAUUGUCAAAGAGGGGUCUACAAGUGAUCUUCUCAGAUCUGAGCUGUCAGAUCAGAAGUAACACGGAAGUCGUUGCCCAAAUACCAAGACGAAACAAGAUGUACGUCUUAGAGUGCAGUCCGGCUGAGGUAGCCAACGUUUGCGGAGAGACAUCUCAAGAGCAAGAAUCAAGUGACGGAUCAGGAGCGGCUGAUCUACAAGUGUGGCAUGCAAGAUUAGGUCACCUGUCAACGAAGAUGCUCAAGGGUAUGGCAGGUUGCGUCAAUGGAUUAAAGAUCAAGAAGAAUCAAGGCGUUGAAGAUGAUAUCGAGAUCUGCGAAGGGUGCAUCAUGGGUAAAGCAACCGUCAAGACGUUUCCGAAGUCACCAUACGGACACGUGAAAACCAAGGAGGUGUUGCAGUUGGUCCACAGUGAUGUCAUGGGACCUAUGGAAUCGAAGUCUCGAGGAGGAUCAAGAUUUGUCGUGACUUUUAUUGAUGACUAUUCGAGAUAUAUAGUCGCAUACUAUAUUGAGAACAAGUCGGAAGUGACGGAUCGCUUUAUAGAGUAUAAGGCACUUAUGGAGAAUCAACUGUCCAAGAAGAUCAAGUGUAUCAGGACGGACAACGGGACGGAAUACGUCAACAGACGUUUCUCCGGUGUAUGUCGAAAAUCUGGUAUCAUGCAUCAGACGACGGUACCCUAUUCGCCACAACAGAAUGGGCUGGCCGAACGCAUGAACAGGACACUGACAGAGCGGGCCAGAGCAAUGCUCAGCCAUAUGCAAGUGGAUAAAAUUUGGUGGGCUGAGGCGAUGAACACGGCAGUCUAUGUGACAAACCGAGUUCCAUGUGCUAGUCACCCGACUAAAACUCCAUUUGAGUUCAUCUUCGGGAAGAAGCCUGACCUCUCCGAGAUGUGUGUAUUUGGAUCAAAGGGAUAUGCACAUGUCGACAAGUCGAACAGGACCAAGAUGACCAAGAAGGCGAUUCGAUGUAUUUUUCUAGGUUACUCGGAUCAAAUCAAGGGGCUUCGAAUAUGGGAUGAAGAUGCCAAGAGGGUGACGCACACGAGAUCGGCUAAAUUCGAUGAGAGACCACCACUUCAGUACGUGCAACGUUACAGCAGAUCAAGUGACCAAGAGUUUCGCGCUGUUCAUGACGAAGACACUGUUUCUAUCGAUUUAGAACAGCCACGAGUCACGAAAGACAUGGACAUAGCAAUGGAGGACAGUCACAGUGUUCAAGAAGAGAGUCACAUGCAAGACAGGCGUACAACAACGAUGGCUCUACCAUCAAGAUGCAGUAGCAAGAUGCCUGAACACGUGGGUUCCAAUGCUGACGAUCCAAUGUUUGAAAUUGAUGAUGUGACGAUGAUUGAAGAAGAUUAA